GAAACUCUCUUCGUUUCGUUAUAAAAACACAUUCGAGUCUCUCCGGCGACUUUCACACUCCACAGAAGGCAGGCGUUUUCAGAUUUGGGGAGAACAAUGUCGAACAUAAACAUAGAAGGGAUAAUGAAGGAUCUACCUAACGACGGGAGGACUCCGAAGACGAAGAUCGUCUGCACUCUAGGCCCCGCCUCUCGCUCCGUUCCCAUGAUCGAGAAGCUUCUCAGAGCAGGCAUGAACGUCGCUCGUUUCAACUUCUCUCACGGUAGCCAUGAGUACCAUCAGGAGACUCUCGACAACCUCCGCGCCGCUAUGCAGAACACCGGCAUGCUCGCUGCUGUUAUGCUCGACACAAAGGGGCCUGAGAUUCGUACUGGUUUCUUGAAAGAUGGGAACCCUAUACAGCUCAAGGAAGGUCAGGAGAUAACUAUCAGCACUGACUACGACAUCAAGGGCGAUGAGAAAACUAUUUCCAUGAGCUACAAGAAGCUGCCGGUGGAUGUUCAGCCCGGGCAUACCAUACUCUGUGCAGAUGGAAGCAUUAGUCUUGCUGUACUGUCGUGCGAUACGAAGGCUGGUACUGUGAGAUGUCGGUGUGAGAAUACAGCGAUGCUGGGGGAGAGAAAGAACGUGAAUCUCCCUGGUGUGGUUGUUGAUCUCCCUACGCUGACUGAGAAGGAUGUGGAGGAUAUUUUGAAAUGGGGUGUUCCGAACAAGAUCGAUAUGAUUGCUCUCUCCUUUGUUCGUAAAGGAUCGGAUCUUGUUAAUGUCAGGAAAGUGCUUGGAUCACAUUCCAAGAGUAUAAUGUUGAUGUCCAAGGUUGAGAACCAGGAAGGAGUGCUGAACUUCGAUGACAUCUUGCGUGAAACGGAUGCGUUCAUGGUUGCUCGUGGUGAUCUCGGUAUGGAGAUUCCGAUAGAGAAGAUCUUCUUGGCUCAAAAGAUGAUGAUCUACAAGUGUAACCUUGCUGGUAAACCGGUGGUUACAGCGACUCAAAUGCUCGAGUCUAUGAUCAAAUCUCCCAGACCAACACGAGCCGAAGCCACCGACGUAGCGAACGCGGUUCUAGAUGGCACGGACUGUGUCAUGCUCAGCGGUGAAAGCGCUGCGGGAGCCUACCCUGAGAUAGCAGUGAAAACCAUGGCUAAAAUCUGCAUCGAAGCAGAGUCAUCGCUUGACUACAACACGAUAUUCAAGGAGAUGAUAAGAGCAACCCCACUUCCGAUGAGCACGCUUGAGAGUCUUGCGUCAUCCGCUGUGAGAACGGCAAACAAAGCCAGGGCCAAACUCAUCAUCGUGCUGACCAGAGGAGGUACAACGGCGAAACUAGUGGCUAAGUACAGACCAGCUGUUCCGAUUCUCUCGGUGGUUGUUCCGGUUUUCACCAGCGAUACAUUUAACUGGAGCUGCAGCGAUGAGUCGCCAGCGAGGCAUAGUUUGAUAUACAGAGGUCUGAUUCCGGUUUUGGCUGAAGGAUCUGCAAAAGCUACUGACAGUGAAUCUACAGAGGAGAUUAUUGAGUCUGCUUUGAAGUCGGCUACUGAGAAAGGACUCUGUAACCAUGGUGAUGCUGUGGUGGCUCUCCACCGUAUUGGAGCUGCUUCUGUUAUCAAGAUCUGUGUGGUCAAGUAAUCUUUUUGCCCAAUCAUCAUCCUCAUCUUCUCAAGGUUUUAUGUUUCAUGAUCAAAUAAAGAACAGGAAACAGGUUCCUGACAGUGUUUGGGGCUCUGUUGGCAUUUCUUCUCUUCUGUUUUGGUAUUUUUUUAGUUUAUAAGAUUUUAUGAGUUCAUGCACUUAUUGUUACUCAGUGGAACACCUAAUCUACACUAUGUAGCUUUUUUUAACUACAAUAAUAGCAAGGACUUUGACUUCCGGA